CUUAUUUUUUACACCUUAAUCGAUUUGAAUAGGACCUAUUGAGACGCGUUUUGUGGUUCUUGCGGACGCUUUGUUGUCUUCUGCAAGUGAAACCGGUUUGAUGGAAACAUGACCAAAGCUGCAACAGGACCAUUUCCCCUGCACACUAUUCACCUGCUCCCGCUACUGCUGCUUCAUGCCACACCGGCGUGUCUCGCAGCGCAGCACCGGCAUCCGGCGCGCUAUUUCGGCCAAAUAGCCGAGAACUUUCAUGCUGGGGCUCAGGUGGAAGGGGUUGUGAUUCUCCUCGCUGCCCAUGGCUGCUCCAGUGAGGACCUCCAUGCCACCCUAAACGGGGAUUAUGCGUCGGAUUUUAGGCUCGUUCAUCGCCAGGGUCACCAGGACUUCCCGGGGCAUUUGGGUUUGGUGUCCUCCAAAGCUCUGGACCGAGAGUUUAUAGCGAUGUACGAGUUGACUGUGGAGCUGUCCCCACGGUGUCAGAGGAGACGAGCCGUGGUCCAGAUCGAGGUGUCAGACAGAAACGACAAUAUACCACAGUUCACCAGCGGGAACAAGACGGUUGAAGUAGACGAGUUAACGGCUCUUGGAACGGAGCUGGCGAGCUUUGACGCAAAAGAUGGUGACGCAGAGAAGAACGGACGUGUGACUUUUUACGCAUCUCCGGAGUCUAACCUGCUCCACGUGGUUCCACAAACCGGACAGGUGAUGCUUGUCAGAUCCAUACUUGGGGUCAGACAGGUAACUCUGCGCCUUUACGUGAAGGACGGUGGAGAUGUAACGUUGACAGGUGAGCCGGUGUUCCUGUGCGUAAAUGUCCAUCGGUCCAGCAGAGCGCACCGGAGGCCCCGCGCUUUGUCCGAGGAUCUGACCUACACAGUGACCGUUCCAGACCACGUCAGAGUAGGGGACCUGGUGUUCACAGUGCCGGACCAGAGGUUCGAUCAGCGCUGGUUUGAGGUGAUAUCCGAGGCUGACUCGCCUGUACAGAUCGAAAGGGACUCAGGACGUCUGUACCUGGCGCGCAGUCUGCGGGAGCCUGCGCAAGUGGUGGUGAAGAUCCAGAACCUCCGAGGUGAUGAGUGGUACCUGUGCAGGUUGACCCUGAGCAUGUCCAGUCAGGCAGACCUGCAGUGGGGGAUGUUUCCUUCACCUUAUCUGGGAGCCAUUGGUCCUGAUGCAACUCCUGGUUCUGUAGUCUACCGAUUGUCAGCACGGCAACGAGAUGGAACUGUUGGACAAGCCCAGUUCCUUCUACUGGAAGGUGGUGAGGAGUGCUUUGAGGUGGAUCGUCGUUCCGGUGUGAUCAGGACCACAGGACGACCCCUGACUCCCAGCAAGGAGUAUUUGCUGCAGGUGCAGGCAGUGGAUGGACGGGGCCGCAAAGGCCCACCGGCCACAGUUGCUAUUCUCGCAGGAUAUCGACCACCACAGUUUACCAACUCCACCUACAGCCUGAAUGUGCCUGAGAACGCACCUGUUGGCCAAGCUGUUGCUGUGGUUCAGGCGGUCUCGUUCCAGAAGAAGACUUUGUCCUACAUGCUGCUGGUAAAUCCUGGGAAUCUGUUUAGCAUCAACCAGGAGAGCGGCGCUCUCAGCCUGACCAGGACUGUUGACUACGAGAGCGGCCACAACCUCCACACUCUGCAGGUCCGAGCCUCUGAACCUGACACUGGCCUCAGCGGCGUGGCAGAGGUUGUUGUGCAUAUAACGGAUGAGAAUGACUGCACACCAGAGUUCCUCCACUCCAUCUAUACAAGAGACAACAUACCUGAGAGCGUUGCACCUGGAACCUCCCUGCUGCAAGUUCUGGCUCGGGACUGUGACUCAGGUGUGAACUCUGAGCUGUCUUACUUCAUCCCAAGUGGAGAUUUUGACAUCACGUCAGGAGGCGUGGUCAGCCCUACCCGUCGCCUGGACUACGAGCGGCCCAAUCACCUCUAUGAGUUUGUUGUUGUUGCCGUGGAUGCAGGAACACCUCCCCGGACUGGGACGGCCUCAGUCCGCAUCCGAGUUGCCAAUACCAACGAUGAGCCGCCGGUCUUCUCCCAAACCAAUUAUAAGACUUUCCUCAGUGAGGAUGCUGGCCCCGAUACACUGGUUGCCAUCGUCCACGCCAAUGACCCAGAUGGAGAUGGAGUCUCUUAUGCCAUCACUGGUGGCAACGAGGACAGCAACUUCCAGCUGGACAACCAGAAGGGCAUCAUUAAGCUGCGGCGGAGUCCACCUCCCAGGCUGAGGGGUCCACAGUACGUCCUCAACAUCACUGCCACAGAUGAUAAUGCAUCCGGUGGGCCCUAUCCACUCAGCAGCUCUGCUCAGGUCAUUGUUGGAAUCAAUGACAUCAACAACAACAAGCCAGUGUUCGAGGAGUGUCAGAACUACAGUCUGAACGCUGCAGUGCUGGAGAAUCAGCCACCAGGGACGUUUGUCCUGCGCGCCCAGGCACAUGAUGCUGACAUGGGACUCAACGGAAAGGUCAAAUAUGGCAUCAUGCAUAGAGACGGUGUGUCAUCUGGGUUUGAUAUCAAUCCUGACACUGGUGUGAUCACAACAACUAUGAGUUUUGACCGAGAGCGUCAGAGGGAGUUCACGCUCUCUGUGACCGCCACCGAUCAGGCCGAAGAGCCGCUCAUUGGAAUCUGUCAGAUCACAGUGCUGAUCUCAGAUCAGAACGACAACGACCCCAAGUUUGAAAACAGUCGCUACCAGUACUUUCUGAGGGAGGACACUCCAGUUGGAACUAGUUUCUUGCGAGCGGCAGCACACGAUGAUGACCAGGGGAGCAACGCAGCCAUCACCUACUCAUUGUCCAAUCAAAAGCCAGCUUAUUUGCACAUCAACCCCAGCACUGGCUGGAUUUAUGUCAACCACCCAAUUUCACAGACGUCCAGGAUCAACCAGCAGAUCGUGGCAUCGGAUGGAGGGAACCGCAGCAGCUCCGUGGAUCUGACCAUCAUCAUCACCAAUGUCCACAACCAGCCGCCGCACUGGGAGCAGUCGGAGUACUGGGUCACCGUGCCAGAAAACACGGUUCGAGAUGCCAAGAUAGUGACUGUCAAGGCAACAUCUCCCCUCGGUGAUCCCCGGGUGACCUACAACCUGGAGGAGGGCCAGGUGCCAGAGACUAACAUGCCUGUGCGGUUCUACAUCAAACCAAACCGGGCAGACGGCUCAGCAUCGAUCUUGGUAGCAGAGAACCUGGACUACGAGACGACACUCUUCUUUACCCUGCGAGUGCGAGUGCAGAACGUUGCUGCUGUGCCGCUCGCCUCCUUCACCACAGUCUACGUCAACGUAACAGAUGUCAACGACAAUGUUCCCUUCUUCCUGUCAUCCACCUAUGAAGCCACGGUUCCUGAAGGAGCACAGAUUGGCACAUCUGUGGCUCAGGUUUCAGCCACGGACCUGGACUCUGGUCUGCAUGGGAUGAUCCACUAUGCAAUUCUGAGAGAUGAGAGUGGGGAUUCUCAGUUUUUUAGCAUCGACUCAAGUAGCGGCGCCAUCGUCACACGUGCCUCUUUCGACCGAGAGCAAAAAGCUUCCUACCUGAUCGAGGUUCAGUCACAAGAUGGUUCAGAAUCAGCUCGACCAGGACAGCAAGGCCAGCCAAACACAGACACGGCCUAUGUCAGGAUCUUCAUCACUGAUGUCAAUGACAACGCCCCAGCAUUUGCCCAACCGGUGUACGAGGUGAGCGUGGAGGAAGACAAGGAGGUUGGCUUUGUCCUCAUCACCGUUACAGCAAAUGACGAGGAUGAAGGUGCCAAUGCUAAGUUGCGAUACCAAAUUACUUCUGGAAACACCAUGGGGACUUUUGACGUGGAGCCUGAAGUGGGAACCAUAUUCGUGGCUCAGCCACUCGACUAUGAGAUGGAACAGCGGUAUGAGCUCCGACUGGUCGCCUCCGAUGGCAAGUGGGAGAACGAGACACUGGUGGUGGUUCAGGUGGUCAACCGCAAUGACGAGGCGCCCAUGUUCAGUCAGACCGAGUAUCUUGCCACUGUGAUAGAGGAGCUCACACAGCUUCCUGUGUUCAUCCUGGAGGUGUCAGCGACAGAUCCUGAUCAGGAAGCUGAUCAAACUGCCCUCCGCUACUCUCUUCAUGGCCAGGGUGCAGAUGGCGAGUUCACCAUUGACGAACGCACAGGAAGAAUCUACGCUCAACGUCGCCUGGACCGUGAGGAGCGUCCUGCUUGGAGAUUCCUUGUUCUUGCCACAGACGAAGGAGGCGCAGGACUUACAGGAUUUGCUGAUGUGCUGUUAGAAGUCAGAGACAUCAACGAUAAUGCCCCCUUUUUCCCAUGUCCAGCUCUGGAAGUAGACGGCUGUUUUGUUGGCCAAGUGCCUGAAAAUUCACCUGCUGACACUUCCAUCAUGGAGAUGCGUGCAAUGGACCUGGAUGACCCCAAUGAGGGCAGGAAUGCCAUGCUUACCUACAGCAUCAUCAAGAACAUUCGCAAUGAGAUCAACCUCAAUCUCUUCUCCAUCAACGCCACUACAGGGACCAUCUACACAGUUCUGCGUUCACUAGACCGGGAGUCGGAAGACCGAUAUCUGGUAGUGGUGGAGGCUCGUGAUGGAGGAGGUCUGUCAGGGACAGGGACAGCCACUAUUAUGGUUUCAGAUGUAAAUGACCACCCACCCAUUUUUACACAGAGGGUCUACACCACUCAGGUUACUGAAGAUCUCGAGGUGAACAGUGAAGUUCUUGUAGUUUCUGUGACUGAUGGGGAUGAGGGUGAGAAUGCUGUUGUGACUUUCAGCAUCGUCGGUGGAGAUGAGGACAGGAAGUUCUUUGUGGAAACAGACAAAGUGAAUCGACGUGGCGUGAUAAAACUCAAGAAGAAGGUCGACUUUGAGAAACCCAAUGAGAGGACAUUCAAUCUGACUCUGAAGGCUGAAGAUGCGGAUUUUUUCAGCCUGGCUUACUGUCUUGUUCAAGUGGAAGACUCUAAUGAUCAUGCUCCUGUCUUCUUCCCACAGUUCUACGAGUCACCUGCCAUGUUAGAAGAUGUCCCUGUGGGGACAAUUGUUGCUCAGGUCACAGCAUCUGAUCUGGACUCAGGUCAAAAUGGCCGCUUUUCUUACAGUAUUUCCAAAGAGUCGGACCCUUACAGUCAGUUUCUGGUGGACCAGUCAGGAUGGGUGGUGGUGGCUGAUUCACUGGACAGAGAGAAAAUCUCUCAGCACAGGAUAAUGGUCCUUGCAACAGAUGCUGGCAGUCCAUCUCUCACUGGUACUGCCAUUGUAAUGGUGACUGUACUUGACAUUAAUGACAAUGGUCCAGAGUUUGAGACCCCCUACAAGCCUGUUGUUUGGGAGAACAUGGCAGCACCCCAGGUGGUGCGAAUGAAUGAAACUUCCCUGCUUCUUCAUGCCAUUGACCGUGACACCUCCACCAAUGGUGGUCCAUUCUCCAUCCGGCUCCUCAUGCUCACAUCAGAUGCCACCAAUUUCAAUCUGACAGACUUUAGAAAUGGCAGUGCAGCCAUCACCACCCUCCGCACCUUUGAUCGUGAGCGCCAAAAGGAAUACCGCCUCCCAGUUCUCAUGAUUGACAGCGGCUCUCCUCCGAUGAGCUCAACCAGCACACUGACAGUUGUUAUUGGUGACAGGAAUGACCACCCCCACUUACCUGGACACACCAACUUUAUUGUCUACAGUUAUGAAGGUAUUCUCCCGACGACAGUACUUGGACAAAUUCAAUCCCCUGACCUUGAUGACUGGAGUGAGAAAGUAUUCCGGUUCGAAGGCAAAUCAACCAGGUUGUUCAGUCUGAACCAGAGCUCAGGUCAGCUCAGUAUCAGAGAGGGAACCCCUCCCGGCUCGUAUCGCCUGAGAGUGCGGGUGUCGGAUCACACCUGGCCAGACGUCACUUCAACUGCUCAGGUUGAUGUCAUACAGCUGCAUCAGGACGCGUUGCAGCAAGCCGCCUCCAUCCGCCUGAACAAUCUGACAAUGGAGGAGUUUUUCAGGACCAGCACUGGUAGUGAGGAAAGUCAGUUCUCCCGUCUGGGUCGGAUGUUGUCUCAACUCUUGCAGACUUUGCCAGAGAACGUUCAGAUCUUCUCUGUAGGUGAUGCAGGCCGGCAGGGUGAAAAGGCACUCAAUGUGUGGUUCGCUGCACAUGGCUCUCCGUACUACAAGGCAGAGAAACUCCACGGCUAUGUGGCAGCCAACAAACCCAAGCUGGAAGGCAUGUUGGGUCUGUCCAUCUCACAGGUGGGUGUGGACGAAUGUCCAUAUACAGACUGCAGUCAGUCUGGAGGCUGCAGCAAUGAUGUUUCAUUCAGCCAGGCUCCAGUGGCUCUCAGCUCCGGAAACAUCUCUCUGGUGUCGCUAUCGGCUACUUCAUCUGCACAGUGUGGCUGCAAGGGCCGAGAGGUAAUCCACCUGCCCUGCUCUGCUUACUCUGUGAGCCCCUGCCUCAACGGGGGCACCUGUCAGGAUGGAUCGCUGGGAUACCGAUGUACAUGUCCUCCCAUGUUUGAUGGCCCUGAGUGCCAGCAGACCAAACACAGCUUUGGGGGUCAGGGUUAUGCCUGGUUCCCCCCCAUCAAGCCUUGUUUCCAGAGCCACAUCUCCCUGGAGUUCUUGGCUGAAUCAGCCAAUGGUCUGCUCCUCUAUGAUGGACCACUCGGCCUCAUCCAAUCUGGAGAGCAAGAGGACUUCAUUGCAGUAGAGCUGAGAAAUGGGGUACCAACUCUAAGUAUAAACCACGGAUCUGGAACGCUGACCCUUCAGCUCCCGCCCAAAUCGAGCAUCAAUGACCGACGCUGGCAUCACCUUGACAUAAUCAGUAAUGGAAAGAAUGUCCAGCUGGUCCUGGACCAGUGUGGUAGUGUAGUAGCAAAUGAGCUGGAAGGGACUGGAGGGGGGACUCAGGAGGUGGAUGAAUCUGGCUGUAAGGUUACAGGAGAGACACCUGGGAACCAAAGGCACUUAAAUGUGUUCCAGCCUCUUCAGUUGGGAGGGAUGAAGGAAAUGUCUCCUUACCGACGUUACCGAAGCUUCACUGGCUGCAUCCGCAACCUGGUGGUCGACAGUCAGGUGUACGAUCUGGCAUCUCCAGGUGAGAGUGUGGACAGUGCACCUGGGUGCAGGCUUACAGACGGGGUGUGCGUGACAGCGGCCGGUCCGUCAUGUGGUGUCCACGCCUCCUGUCUCUCCGAGUGGGGCUCCUUCAGCUGCGAGUGCCGCCCAGGAUACACUGGACACAAGUGUGACAGGGCUGUCCCAGAGUUCUCCUUCGACUCAAGCAGCGUGGUACGUUUUCAGCUCAGAGGAGGCAGCAACUCCCGACGCACUUACAUCCAGUUGCUCCUCCGAACAAGAGCCACCUCAGGCACUCUGCUCUCCGUGGCAUCUCGGGAGGCCAACGAGUACAUCAUUCUGGAGAUUGUUGAGGGUCACAUCUCGGUGCGUGUCAACCUGGGUGACGGUGCACACAUGCUGCGGCUUCACGGCCACCGAGUGGACGUUGGACAGUGGGUCCUGGUCAGCCUCAGUCGCCAUGACAAUAUAUUCACCCUGCGGUUGGAGCAGGGCGGGGGCUCCAGGGAGGUUCAGGCUCAGCUGGGGAGCCGCAGGGAGCUUGUGAUUUACCCAGCCAGCCUAAUCGUUGGCAACGGACCAAAUGCUGGUGACAAGGCUGACUUUCAGGGUUGUCUGCGGGAUGUUCGAUUUAAUGGUCAGGUCCUUCCUUUGGAUGGGCAGAGCCGGGACUUGGUAACAGUGUUGGAGAAGCGAGGUGUCACCUCAGGUUGCUCCAGCAACGCCUGCAGCAGCCAACCCUGCCGCAGCCCACUGCGCUGCAUUGAUCUGUGGAGGAAACACCAGUGCAAGUGUCCUGGAGCUCAGGUGACAGUGACAGAUGACUCAGGUCAGCACCGUUGUGUGCCAUCGCCCUGCGGACCGUCCUCCUGCCGUAAUGGCGGCAUCUGCCAGGCUCUGUCACCCGACAGUUUCCAGUGCAGAUGUCAGGAGGGUUUCAGGGGUCAGCGCUGUGAACUGGGGCAGGUCAAAGGUCACCGGCUGGCCGCCCUCAGUCCCAGCUCCAUCCUGGCCAUCAGCAUGUGCCUGCUCGUCUUCAUCGUAGUGCUGGUGGCAGUGACGGUUUGGAACCAGAAAGGCAGCCGAAACAAGUUCAGAAAACGAGGAGUUUACCACAUCCCUGCAGAACAUGAGAGCUGGGAGGACAUCCGAGAAAACAUCCUCAAUUACAACGAGGAAGGUGGAGGAGAGCAGGACCAGAAUGGUUAUGAUAUCACAGAGCUGAAGCGUCCACUGUGUUCCAGUUUGUCUCAGUCAUCUUCCUGCACCACCGCCCCACUCAUCAAAUCCUCGCCUGGCUCCCAGGAAGAGGUCCAUCCAUCCAGUUCUUCCUGCAGCUCAGGUGCUCCCUACCUCAGCAUCCCACAUCACCAUCACCACCACCAUCAGCACACUACCAAUCCCAGCUACAACGGAGAUUCAACCUACGCCAACUACACCACUCACGCAGGCAGAGACAUGGAGACAAGUGACGCAGGCAGUUAUGUUGACGCCACAUCUGGGUCGCGCUCCCAUGUGGACUUUAAAAGCUACGUGGCGCGAAUCAUUUGGGAAGCAGAUAAUGACAGCGAGGCUUUCCCAACAGAUGCCUACCACGUCUGGUGUGUGGAAGGUUCUGGGUCCUCAGCAGGAAGCCUCAGCUCUCUGGGAUCUGCAGUGUCCUGUAGAAAAGUUGCCUGUGGAAACAAAGAGGAGGAGGAUGAAGGAGAGUUUGUGUACGAGAGGCUGGCACGAUGGGGCCCAAAGUUCCAGACAUUAAGUGAGAUGUACGACCAGCCCCAGCUGGCGCUCACAUACAGGGAUGCAAUCGCCUACAUACAGAGGAGUCACAGCCAUGAUCCCCUGCCUCAGCACCACUAGGGGGCGCUACACAACCCCAGCCACAUACAUUGUGUAAGUGGAAAGAAAGAAGCUCCGUGCUGCUUUUACUCCACAUCUGAAAACAACAAAAGAAAGGCUAAAUUUUCAGGGUAUAUCAUUUCAACAAAAUGCAGCAAAGCUAUAAAAAAAAUAAAAAUUAAAAAAUAAUAAUACACGAAGCAGAAAAAGCAAAGCUUAAUCAGCUGCAGUUUCUCAAUCCAGUAACCCACCCAACAGACACAAUGAUGAUAGUAGGUGGUGCUCUUCACAGAUGAUUUUAAAAGCAGAAAAAGAUCAUAAAUACCAGACAUCAUGUAAGCUGAAAGAUCCAUGAUGUUAAUAAGCAUUUGGUUGGUGCCACAAAGCUAAGCUAUGAAUUAGAAAGAGGUUAAAGCCCAAGUACAGCUCUGAACAUGGCUCCCAUCAGCCCAAUAAAAAACCAACAAAACCCUGUGAGGGAUGCUAAAAUCUGAUUGGCUGUCUCAUACCUUUGUCUCAGACUUUUGUAAUGACUGGCUUUGUAAUUAAAUUAGGCUGGUCAAUCAGUCUGUGAUCACUGAGAACCAGUCAGGAAAGCACUACAGAGAAAGUUUAAUGUGAGUAAAACCUAAACCAAACAGCAAAAUGUCACAGAUUCAGAUGUUACAUAAUGCAGCUCAUGAUUUAGCUGUUUUAGCAUUAGUUUAAUGUUUCACACAAUAUAGAAAAUGGCACACGUUUUUACAUGGCCUCAGUAACGUUUUGGAGUUCUUAUUUGAUGCAUAUUUCUUUUCAUAUUGUUUUCAUCCAUUUUCACUCAAACAUUGUUGGUUUUGAUCCCUAUAUAGUUAUUCCUCACAAUGUCAGUGUAACAAUAUGCAACUUUUAAAUGACAAACUACAAAUUCAGAUUGACCUUAGAACACAAAUGGCACCAAAAAUCAUCACAUCUUCCUUUUUAAACUGCUCGAACAUCUCUGUGCAUUAGAUGUCACGUAAACGCAGCAGCUCUGCUCUAGUGUGUAGGUCAAUGACGACAGUAAAUCAGAGACACUUUCAGGGCAGGGACGGUUCAGUUCGUGUCCUCGUGGUAGCUCAUGUGGAAAACAAGAUGCAGGACAGAGAUGUUAGAGGCCAGAGUUGUGGUUCAGAGGCUUAAAGUAGGAAAAAAAGCACAGAAUAUAUAUAUGUUACUGCUUCAUCUACCACCCAGGAAAAUGCCACCCAACUCGAUCUUUUCCUUUAAUUUCUUCUUUCUAAGUACUUUGUUGUGCUGUAUUUAUUUUUUAUUUUUUUAUGUGUAGGUCACUGUGCUUUCCUUUUGGAAAAUUGAACUUUCAGGGUCAUAACAGGAUAUUUCUAAAGGAAAAUUAUCAUCAAAUUGUGUUAGAAAUGUUCAGGGUGGGUGGAGAUGAGUGUGGAAGAAUGAUUUUGGUACAUUUAAAAAUGCAGACAUUAAGGCCUUGACCCUGUAAUCUUACAAAGAAAACUCAACAUUUUUCUUUGAGGGCAUUUUAAUGGAGCAUUUCUGUCUUUUUUUAUCUCUGCCCGAGCAGUUUUCAUUUUGACCUGCUUGUACAACCCAAAAAGAAAUCAAUCUCACAAAGAAAUGUUAAAACAGGACGAGGCUUUCUUUCGCAGUUUUAUUUUAAAAAGAAAUGUCACUUUGACUUUGUGCUUUCUGAAUUUUGAGACCAUCAAAACACUCUUAAUAACCAGCUUUUGAUUUGUCUUUUCUACCUUCUUGUUGCACUAGUAGAUGAUUCAGAGUCUUCAGACAGGAUCGAAGAAUCAGUUUGACAAAAAAAAAAAGCCUUGCAAGCUCACCAUGUGAAACACUUUUUACCCCCCCAGUGUUUCCACCUUGUAAAAUCAGCUUUGCUGGUAUGUUUUCAGAUGAGAGAUUAUUUUUCUACUCCUUAAAGAAACUUCCCAUAAGGUUCUUUCCAGUUACUGUUGGUUGUGUGUUGUGUUAAGUGGAGCAGAGGAAACGACUUGUGUUAAGCUCAAGGGAAAUCUGCAUUUUCAGCUGAGCUGCUGACAAAUGUACAUCUGCCUACUUGAAAAGUAUAACAGUAGAACUCCUAAUCUGAAAUAUUUGUAGCUCAUUACUUGUUCACCUGUGUGAGAUCCACAUUUCACUGAGUCACACCUUCAUUUUGGUUCAUGAGCAGCUUCUUGCACAUUUAGCAUCCUCACACCAGAGGUCACUGAAGAGAAGUGAUACUAAUAAAACACAAUUAUUUCAAUCACAUAGAUUUGAGUGUAAAAAGUCUAGAUGGGCUAGAUUCAGUUCAUGUUGCACAAAUUACAUUUAAAUCUUAAAAUUCAAGUAAAAAAUUUAGAUUAUUCUGUCAGGAUACCUAUAAUAAGCCUUUAAAUCUGACAUUCAGCCAAUGAAAUGGUGUCAGAUUGUUCAUCCAACCCCAAAUUUAGAGGGCAAAGCAAUAAACACACGGCUUUUAAAUAGCUGGUAUAAUGCUAACGAGCUAUUUAUUGCCACAGAAGUGUGAGCUGUGUUUACACUUCAGUAGGGUAUAAGUGAAGAAAGGAAUUUUAGAACUAUUGUUGUUCAAUCAGAAUUUUGGGGAUCACUUUUUGUUGGAUUAAAAUCUUGCCCAUCAUAUUUUUUCUACUUAAAUAUGAUCUCAAUUAAUUUGAAUAAUUUGGCAAAAUAGAAAUGUUAAAGUUUAUAUGAAUAUUUUCAUUUAGAAGAAUAGUGUUAAAUUCAAUGCAAAAAAAAUGUCUGUGGAGCCUCUACUUGAACAAUACAGCAAUCUUGAGUAAUAUUUUCAAGUAGCUAGAUGAACUUUUUUAUUUUUAAGUAAUGAGGUACGGGGGAUUGUCCAUUAUUGGUUGCAGACUUUGACCAGAACUAUGUCUGAUGGCUGCUUCGCAGCCUGUCUCUUGGCUAUGUAUGUUUCCAUUACACCGCUUGAUGAAUGUAGUUUUAUAUGGAGAGAAAAAGAAGAAGAAGACUGGUGGAUGGAGUCUGGCCAAGCAAGAGUACAAUCAUUGUAGAAAUGCUUUUUUAAAACUCUUACUUGAAAAAACAUUUGAUAAUCUGUGUAAAUCCAAUCUCAGUUGUAAAAAUAGUGACACAGAUGAGUCCAAGUUUAGCCUUCUGGACAUAAUUCUUACCCAGAAAGUGUUAUAGAACAAAAGUUAAAAUUAUGGCAUAUUUUGUAUUUAACUAUCAGAGCAUUUGCAGCUGAGUUGGGAUUCUACAGGAAAAUAACUGCAUAUUUUCCAUUUGGAUAGUGGGAUUGGUUCUAUUUUUUCUUCUUGUUCCUAAGCAAAAAGAAAGAAUGAGCCCUGAAAGAACUGUGCUCAAAGCUAUGCAUCCAAAUGAAAUACAGGUGUCUUUUUAUGAACUGAUGUGAUGCAGAUGUUGUGUGAGUUUUGGCCAGUGAAGUGUGCGACAUCUGUCAGCAUUUGUUGUAAAACCUGUGCUUUUAAAGCAGUUUAAUAUGUGUGAAUGUGUUGUUGAAUUCACAUUUUAUUAUACUGUAGUUUGAAAGUGUCAUUGGGUGCUGGGCAGUCUUGAUCUGUAUAAUAAAAUGUAUAUAUGGACGUUUUAUAGCAGCUGACCAAUGAAUAUUCCUUUUGUAUGUGACUUUUAAUAAAAAUAAAUAAAUAAUU